GGGAACCAGUCUAAAAUCGACCUUGACAUCCCUCUAUGUACAUUAGAUACGAAUCUCAGUUAGUCAAUAUAUCUCAGAAUGCCUUUGAAAAAGAAAGGAAAGAAAAAACCCAAAUCAGCCAAACGCAAGGAUGGAGAUAAACUGGAUACUACUCCUGGGGUUGAUGGCGAUCCAGGAACCUUGAUUGCAGAUGGUACAACUGACCUUGGAAAAGAGGGCAAGAAAAAGAAAGGGAAAAAGAAAAAGGCAAAAUUAUCCAAAUCGGAGAAAGCUUUGGAAAAAAUUGAAAAAGCAACUGAAAAGCUGAAAAACCAGAAGGAAUUUUAUCAUAAUUUCAUUCAAGAGAUGGAUGCAUGGUUAGUUAGGAAUGCGGAUAAGAUUGUAAAAAUGUUCAAAGAACUUGAUGAGGAUGGAGAGUGUAUCAUUACAUAUGAUGAGUUUAAAUCAGGUAUGUUUGACUCAGGAAUAGCCCUAAAUGAUACACAAGUGCAUCUCCUAGCAAAGUUGUUGGACCGAGAUAACAGUGGUGAAAUUGACUAUACAGAAAUAUCUAAAGGACUGCAAUAUGCCAAAGAAUUGGAGGAGAUAGACAGAGAGCAGGAGGAAGCUGAGAAAAUCCUGACAGUACUGCCAAAAAAAAGCGAGAAAUGUCCAGGAUGUAAAAUGGGUAUAGAUGAGCCCUACAGAAAUAAAAACCCCAAGUUCAUAUGGUUAGAGCUAAGACUUGUGACUUUUGAUCGAGAACUUCGGAAUCACCCAGCACAUCUGGAAGUGAUGGUCCAGUCAGAUGCAACAAUUUACAGCAUUUUGCAGUUAAUCACUAUGGAAACAGGAAUUCUAUCCACAAAGCUGUCAGUUUUCUCGGAUGAUUCCCGCAGUAGGGAAGCCAUGCUCUUCCCUGAGGCCACCCUACAAGAGCUGGGUUAUGAGGGGGACUCUUAUGAUGACCCCCAAGAAGUGACUCUAUAUUAUGACUACAAAGUAGAAUUUACAGAAUGCCCAAUUCUGCUAUGUGAUCACUACUUAAGAGAUUUGGCAGAUGAUUAGAUAUUUUAGGGUGUCUAUUUUUAGAUCUUAUUUAUUGUACUAUUCAAAGUUCAUAAUGUGGAAGCUGACAAAGUUUUUACAUUGUUGUCAGCAUUAGACACUAACCAUAAUAGACUGACCAUUAUAGACAAGAGAAUUGUCCAGAGAAAUGUACCAGUCCCACUGCAUAGACAGUUGGUGGAGUCAUAAAGCGUCAAAAGUGGCUUCCUUUUUUGCUUCCAUAAAGAAAAUAAUGAUAAUUCUGCAAUAGGCUUAUAGAGUGUAACCGGAAUCAGUAUAUCAGGGCCAAUAACUCUGUGAUUGUAUAAAGAUAUUGUUAAUUCUGGUUCAAGAGAUAGCUUAACCUGGGCUGCUGAAGAAAAGGGAUUCCCAAACUAUGGUUUACAUGUCUACAUGCACUUUUGAAUGAAAAGACCAGUAAAGAGUUUUUAACAGUU